GUUCAAUCCGGGUACAUCAGAACAGGCAAGUAUGUGCUACCACACUGCAGUGUAUCGGUUGUUCAGGACCACGACAGUGGUAAUGUGGCGAUUGGAUCUAAACUAAUUCAACGCCAUCUCUUCAAGAGAGUCUGCAGUCCAUUUUCAGAGUCUUCCGUUCUUGAAAUUUCAUGUCUAAAUCGGCCAUUCGUCUAGAUUGUCGCCACUUGUGAUCAGGGAUCCGAGUUAUUCACCAUGGAUGAAUCCGCCACAGCCCUAGAAGCGUUCCGUCAACAAUGGAAGGAAGAGGUCAAUGCGCGCUCAAGGAGGGCCGACAGAAGACUUUCCGAAUCAAAAGCCCAUGAGAAACCAAGAAGAACAAGCGACGUUCGUCCCGAGAGGCCUAUUCACAAACCGCCUACUCGCCACCCGGCGGCAGAUAUCAAAGAUGAAUCCGAUCAGCAUAGUGAUGCGGAACCUGCGAAGGACAACACGUCAAAUGUCAUUCAACGCAUUGAGGGCCUCAGUAUUCGGCACGUCGAUGAUGAUGAUUUCACGGCAAAGGGCUCGUCCAGUGAGCCCAAAAGCGCCCUGGAACAUUACGAACGCGCCGUGGAGAAGGAAAGCCAAGGGAACCUCGGAGAUAGUCUUUCCCACUACAGAAAGGCAUACCGACUCGAUGCCAAAGUCGACCAAUCAUACAGAAACAAACACUUUCCAGCAAAGUCCAAACCGGCCAAUCCUAACCCGUCCAAUGCCGCUGUUACAGUCCCGUCAACUGCCCACCACUCAUCGAAGGAACCCACGGAGGCCUUGACAUUUGAACAGCUCCUUGAUAGUUUUGCUGGCUCACAAAUUGAAGGUGUUCCUCCGAUAAUCGAGGGAGACCGACCUCCUCCGUGUGGGAUCAAGAAACUGCCCACCGAAGUUCUGCUCGUACUUCUCCGCCACGUGGCCAUCCGCGACCCAGCCAUAUUCGUUCGCUUGUCACUGGUGUGCAAGAAGCUCGCAUAUCAUGUUCUGACGGACAACGAGAUCUGGAAGCGAGUUGCCCUAGGCCCGGAGUUUGGGCUUGCCAGUCAACGAUACGAUUUCGCCACUGACAUUCAAGGCCGUGAAUCCAUCGACCGCCGGUUAGGCGUGGGUGUGGACGACGAGGAUGAUGAAGGAGAGAAUCCCCGGUAUUCUAUCGUCACAGAGUCUUCCUUCCCAAAGGACACUGUCUGGCGAGACGUCUUCCACAAUUACCCACGAAUCCGGUUUAGUGGUGUAUAUAUAUCCACUGUCAACUAUACCCGACCAGGUGGCGCCUCGGCCACGGCAAACACAUGGACGAAUCCGAUCCACAUUGUCACAUACUAUCGAUAUCUCAGGUUCUUCCGGGAUGGGACAUGUAUAUCCCUCCUCACGACCAAUGAGCCCAUCGAGGUUGUGCACCAUUUGACUCCAGAGAACCUCAACUAUGUCCGUAGUAAUGGGAAACAUCAACAUCAGCAGUCAGGACAUCCUCUCAAUUUCACCUCCUCUGCUCCGGCUCUGUUCAAAGAUGGCGGAACAUCCUCAUCGACAUCUGGAACAACUACAGGUGGGGCAGCACCACCACCGUCCGCGCAACAGAUUAUGAAACAUGCCCUCCGCGGCCGCUGGCGGCUUUGCCAUCCUAGCCUCGAGCCUGCCGAGGCGAUGAACACGACAAACAUGCCCGGUUCUGAUACCGUGCAUGCCCCUAGACCAAUAUACCCAGGUGAUCUGCAUAUUGAGACAGAAGGCGCUGGUCCACGAUACAUGUACACGCUGCACCUGGCUUUGAAGUCGGCUGGAUCAGCACGGUCCAAGCACACCACCAAGAACAAUAAACUGCAAUGGAAGGGCUUUUGGAGCUAUAACCUUCUCACCAAUGAUUGGGCCGAAUUCACGUUGAGAAACGAUAAACCGUUCUAUUUCUCGAGGGUUAAAGGGUAUGGUUUGGGGUAUUGAAGUAUAUUGUGGCGGUGGAGGCGUUUGGACAUGAGCUGAAAAGAGUGUUCGUGCUGUAUGACCAGACGAAUUGUUGCCCUCUUGUCAAGCGAGUGGGUGGGCUGAUAUGGAGACAAUACACGCAAUUUCAUCGAGUUGAUGAAAGUGCCUCGCUUGACAGUUGCAUGUUGGUAAAGUCCCAUUCAUCGGAGAAAACGUCCUUGCCCUGCCGGGGUUGUUAGACCAGUUCUGUAAUCCUUUUCUCGUAUGCAGCCCAUUUCAGGCCAUUUCAGACGCUCAUUCAGAGCAUCGCAUGCCCUCCGGCC